CGGCAACUCUAUCUGAUGUUUGUCAACAUUUUUUAUUAUUAUAUUUUCAAUAUGUCAAUAUAUUGAUUUUAGAUGUUUUUAUAAUCGAACAUUUAGUAUGGAUAUGAAUCAUUUUCAGAACCCUCCAUUUUAGCUUGCCGGAAAAUGGAGAAGGCAAACAGAAAAAUGGAAGCAUUGGUUGAAUCUUUGCUCAAAGAUGGAUACGAAGCUCUUGUUAUGGCAACACAUUUGGAGGAAAACACAUUCCUUUACAAGGGCACCAAACUUGGACAGGAAUUUCUCAAAGAAACACCACAGCUUCUCAGGUUUCCGGACUUCUGCAGAGAUUCAAUACCUACAAAACAGGUUCACAAGAUUCAAAACAUACCUCUACUGAACAUUAGCACUACAUCGGACAUAGAUAAUUAUUUCCAAAGGACUAAAAAAGGACCUCUUUUAAAAGGUACAGAAUCAGGAAUAAAACAAAACAAGGAAAAACAGCCUUCAUUAUUGGGCCCUGGUGUUAAGUAUGUAAAAGACCAAUUAAAACAGCAAGAAAAAGACUUCAUGGUUACAAAGGAUGAAGAUUUUGAUGAAGGUUCAGGGACACUCAAUAAAACCAAUUAUUCUGAAAUAAAGGUUGAAACAGAUUUAUUUACAGAUGGCCACUCAAGUGACACAGACAAUGAAACCUAUUUUGGUGAACUAAGUGGAACAGUUGAACCAAAGCAGAAUGCCAUGAACUCAACUGAGAAUGCCCUGAAUGAGAGAAGAUUGAACGUGAGUACAAGUGCAAAUGGAAAAGAUGAAGAACAAACAAAUAACAUAGGGAAACAUUAUAUGAGAAGUUGUUAUGUAUCUCUGGUUAAAGUUCCUGAUGAUGAAGUCAGGGUUGGCUGGAAAAGGAGCGGAGCUAAGAAGUCAAAGCUUAAUCAAAUUCACGUUUGGAAAGGUGGUGAUGAGACAAGUAGCUUUGAAGAACAGUUCAUUGCAGAAAAGGAGGAUAUAAUUGAUAAAAAGAAACCAAGUGAAGGAAAACGCGUAGGAGAGAAGAGGCUUGUUACAAUUGAUUUGCCAGUUGAAAUGAGUGAUGGGAUAGUCAACAAUCAAGGUAUAAAGAAGGAAGUCGUAAUAGAAUUAGAUAUACCUAAAGAUUAUGACGAUAAAAGUGAAGAUUUUGAAUCUGAGGUCAGUCAAAUGUCCAUUAAGGGGAAGAAGAGGAAAAUUACAUCUAUUGUAAAUGCAGAAAAGGAAAUGAAGCUUCCUGGUACAUCGUUGUUAAAUAAAACAAGGGAUGUAAACGUGAAGGAGAAAAGGACAUUAACUUCUUCGAUGAAAAUUCCAAACAUGUUUAUCCAAACGAAAAAGGAGAAAACGAAAGGCAUUUCAUUGUUGAACAUAGCGGGCAAUAAACACAACAAAGAGAAAAUGAAAAAAACUAAAUUUUCGAAAGUAAGAAGCAAUGGACCGCAUAUUAUUAAAAAGAAAAUUCCCUUUACUGAUAAAAUGAAAGCCAGAGUGUUAUGUUCACUUGAUUCAAGUAAGAGAAUUGAAAGUAAAUUGGAUGAAACAUUUGGAAACCAUGGUCAAGUUAAAACAUUCAAUAAACAUUACAUUGAAAAAUGUGAUAAGUGCUUGAUAGACUUUCUUAAGGAAAACCUAAACAGAAAAAAAAUGAUUGCUGAUCACAAGGAUAAAAGUUUGAAUGGUGAAAAUGUGGAUGGUUUUUCCUCAAAAAUAGUAACUUUUUAUGAGGAGUGGGACGAAGUGCAAUUUGAAAGCAAACCUAAAUUUGAUGUUUGUCCUUGUUGCAACAUGGAUUUAAAAUUAAAAGAGGAUUCAUUUUGUCAGAGGCACUUUGAAUUGCACUUGGAGAAACUGAGACAACCUGUAGAACUUUGUAAACAUUGUCAUAUCACUCUGCCAUCAAGGUGGCUUGCACUUCACUGUUGUAUCUGUGACAUCCCUCGUCUUACAAAUACGGUCAAUUAUUGGGUCAGAGAUAUCAGAGACGAAGUAGCAGCUUUCACCAUGAAGCUUUGUUUUGGCAAAGAUGAAAAGGACACAGCGACUUGUGUUGAAUGUGAAGAACAAUUUGAUAAUACAUUUUCACUCAAAUACCACUUCUUGCAAAACCAUAUUUUUGUGUUUAGGCAUCUAGGAGAUUGUGGGAUGGAAUUUACGAAUAUUGCUGACUUUGCCAAACACAUUAAUCCGGCAUUGGUGGAUGAUGACAGUGAAACACGGUGUUGUAUUUGCCAAUAUUCAUUUACCUCCAGUAACAAUCUGGAACAGCAUGUCUUGGAGAAACAUCCUUCUAUUUCUGAAGGCAAGUGUGAAAAGUGUGGGUGUUGGUUUCCUUGUAAAGUUCACUUACUGGAACAUUAUUGCGGUAAAGAGGUAUGGCUGAAUAAAAGGAAAUCGAAAGCUUGCACAAGUAUCCAAUGUCAGAUAGAUGGUUGUUGUGAAUGGUUCCCAUCCUCAGACUUACUUACAACACAUCAUUGGGAAGCUCAUGGACAUAAAUCGGAACUUUGCACUAUUUGUGGAAGCUCUUUUAUUGAUAAAUGGAGAUUGAAAACUCACACUGAGAUGUGUCACGGUACACCCGAGCUGUACCCGUGUCAUAUUUGUGGCCGUAUGUAUCGUGGACGUUCCUUAUUGGCUAGCCACAUUAACACCCAUGAGCAAGAACUACGGUAUAAGUGUGAUAAAUGUAGUGCUGCUUAUAGAAGCAGAGUUUCCCUUUUCAAUCAUAAAACAAGGGUACACCCAAAAGGGGGAGUACGUAGAACUUUCACGUGUAAGGUCUGUUCUGAACCAUUUUACAAAAACGAUAGUUAUAAACAUCACAUAGUGUCAAAGAAUCACGUAACGGAGGAUCAGCCAUUACCGGAUAUUAAAACCUGUGAACAAUGUGGGAAAAUGUUUGGUUCCGGUUUUGCUUUAUCCAGACACAGAAGACAACAGCAUUCAGAAAAGAAAUUACACUGCAGUGUGUGUGAAAAGCCGUUUGCAUGUAGUAGCAACCUCCGACAGCACAUGUGGACUCACACUGGUCAAAGACCUCGUUGUGAGCUUUGUGCGAUAGAUUUCCGAAGCCACAGAAAGCUUGUGGAACAUAUGGCUGAAAAACACAAUGUCCAAAUGGAGUUGAGAAAGAAUGAUGCAAAAUUAAGAAAGGAAAAGUUGAAAUUACAAUUUUCAUCGAAUGGAAGCAAACCUUAAAUUUUAAUGUUAACAUUAUGGCUGACACUUGCAUUUUGAGUGAACCAAGCUUUACAUUAAUUUAAACACAAAAAAGUGAUAGAAAACUAUUCUGCUGUUGCAUGGCGUUCUCAAGAACUAAAUGUAUUGAUGUAUCGAUUUUUAAUAAGUGAUCUCUUAACACGAUUGCUCGAUUGUUCAAAUCCGAAGUCUGUCUCCCCUUUUUUGAUUCAUCGACCUUUAAGUUUGUUUGGAGGACAAACGUAGAUUAAGUGGCGAUGAGUUUGAAACAAAUUCAAUUUGAUCUUAGAAUCCAUUGUUUGCAAAUGAUAAGUCAAAUAUGCGACGAUGUCAGGAAGUGACCCUGCAUCGAACUGAAAGAAUUGCGUGUGUUUUUGUUUGAUAUUGUGCCAGCAGUUGUCUCAGUGUGGCCAAAUCCCUUAACCCAAUUCAUCAACGUUGUAAUGAACGAAAUUCAAGCAAGGAGUCUGAAGAUGUCUCCAAUAAACAUGUCUAUAUUAUGUUUUGUACUGUUUUGAAUGCUGUUUCAAGGAAUAAAGUUGAGAAAUCAA